CACAAAACCAUGACACGACGAGCCAAGGAGCAGCGCCAGAAGCGGCUGGAACUCAAGCGGACUGUGGAAACGGCCGAGGAAAUAGAGAGACGACAGAAAUGGACACUCCUACUCAAGCAGAUCGACACCCCUGCGCGGCCGCGUACGAUGUCGGCGCCACAGAUGCUCACGUGGCACAGCAGUCAUGCGGUGGUGGCUGCCGCGGGCAAGUUUGAGUUGCCUGUGCGCGUGGAGCAUGCCGGGUCGGAGCUGUCGUACACGUUCAACACGAAGGAUAUGGACAUCAAUUUCUCCAUUACGUUUGCAGGAACAACGUCGGAGGAGUACAUGGUGCAUCCCACUCGAUGCGCGUCGCACGAGAGCACCAUCCGCGGCUGCCACAAGGUUCCAGGCCCAGGCACAGUCGUGCUGGUUUGGGACAACGAAUACUCUUGGAUCAACAGCAAAGAGCUGAGCUACCACGUCGGACUCGCCCAGACGUCGUCACCACCCACUGGCGUCUCCGGUCGGUCAUUGCUAGAGGGGGAGCUGCGCACCCGACAGGCCAAACACAGAGUUCUCAAUGAAUCGUACGACAACUUGCGACUGCAAUGCACCAAGCGCGCCGCGGCCAUCGACGCCAUCGAGCGACAGCUAGAGGAACUCCAGCAACAAUUGCAACAAGAAGCGGACCUGCAUGCCAUGGAAACCACCGAGGCAGACCGUGUUGGCCGGGAAGUCGACGUCGUGGCUGCAGAACUUGCUGGUUUGUGUGGUCCAAACUGUAUGAUUUACAAUCUGCCGUUGUAGCGCUAUCCUGGCGCACACUGUCGCCGGCUUCGUUGGCGCAUAUACUAGAGUUUUGCCCACGGGACGACUGGAAGCAGUGGUUGGUCUCCUUUUGUUACAACAUCGUUAUCCUUUGACGUUAAACUACGUUUUAGGUCCACGCUAAACCGAGCGUGGCACGCCACCCUCGCCCCCCUGCUUCGUGCCAAAGCCACCUAAUGUUAUUCGACGGUGGUCGUCAAAUGUUAUCCGUCAAUCCUGGCAGGGCCAACGUCGAUUCCAGCUGCCGCAAGAGUUGCCUACGCACUCCCCAAUUUAUAUGGCAACACUGCACUGCAUGGACGCGGCAUACUAGUAGUAGUAGUACUACUACUAGCAGUACUAGUAAUACAACGAACACAACGUACUUGGCAUUUGCCAUCCCA